UUCAGCAAUGAAACAUUAAUAUCAUUCAAAAUGGAGUCAACCGAAGACGAAUUCUACACUAUCUGUCUGAACCUGACUGCCGAAGACCCAAGCUUCGGAAACUGUAAUUACACAACCGACUUUGAGAAUGGAGAGCUCCUUGAGAAAGUCGUAUCCAGAGUUGUCCCCAUCUUCUUUGGCUUUAUCGGAAUCGUUGGUCUCGUUGGCAAUGCUCUGGUUGUCUUGGUGGUAGCGGCAAACCCUGGCAUGAGAUCAACUACGAACCUGCUCAUCAUCAACCUGGCUGUCGCUGACUUGCUCUUUGUUAUUUUCUGCGUCCCCUUCACUGCUACGGAUUACGUCAUGCCCAGGUGGCCAUUCGGAGACUGGUGGUGCAAAGUGGUCCAAUACUUUAUUGUUGUGACUGCUCAUGCAUCAGUUUAUACUCUGGUACUCAUGUCCUUGGACAGAUUCAUGGCAGUAGUGCACCCAAUAGCUUCCAUGUCGAUCAGGACUGAGAAGAAUGCCUUGUUGGCUAUCGCCUGCAUCUGGGUAGUAAUACUAACCACUGCCAUACCAGUCGGUAUCUGCCACGGAGAGAGAGAGUAUUCCUACUUCAACAGGAAUCAUUCAUCAUGUGUUUUCCUAGAGGAGCGUGGAUACAGCAAGCUUGGCUUUCAAAUGUCAUUUUUCCUAUCAUCAUACGUGAUCCCUCUCGCGCUGAUCAGUGUCCUGUAUAUGUGCAUGCUAACGAGGCUUUGGAAGAGUGCGCCCGGUGGGAGGGUGUCAGCAGAGAGCAGGAGGGGCAGGAAAAAAGUCACCAGAAUGGUUGUUGUGGUCGUCGUAGUGUUUGCUGUCUGCUGGUGCCCUAUUCAGAUAAUUCUGCUGGUGAAGGCUCUGAACAAGUACCACAUCACGUACUUCACGGUGACCGCCCAGAUCGUGUCCCACGUGCUCGCCUACAUGAACAGCUGCGUCAACCCGGUGCUCUACGCGUUCCUCUCGGAAAACUUCAGGGUUGCAUUCCGAAAGGUAAUGUACUGCCCGCCGCCGUACAACGAUGGCUUUUCUGGACGCCCUCAGGCCACCAAAACUACACGUACAGGCAACGGGAACUCCUGUCACGACAUCGUGUGAGGAGCAGGUCGCGGUCGGGCAUCGAACGUGGGACAACGGACCACGGCCGUCUGAGCAACCACCGACUGUCUGUACACGGAUUCAAUCCUACUUGUAAAUACUUUUUAUAGAACAUAUUGUAUAUAUGCAUUGAAUUUUCAUUAGCACUAGUGUUGAGUUGGAAAUGUGUAAAUAACGGAAAGCUGUAGAGAUCAAGUACGUGGUUAACAUUUGAAAACGUUUAGUUAAGUUUGCGGUUGAUGUCUAGUUAGAUGAUCUAUGUACGCAUUUAUAUAUUUGUAAAAUGUAAAUAAAUGUCUCGGUGAUAAUGAAAAUUUCCUCACACAUUUCCGUGUUUUGAGCCCGAAUAUAGAAAUGGCUGAUGAAAUUUUGAAUUUACUUAAUAAGUUUUAAGCGUUAUGUAUAAUUACGUAUUAUUAAGAGAAGUACUAGUCACAUGCUUAAUUAGAAUUUGUUAUUUAAAAUUUAAUGAUUACUAUGUAAGUUAAUUUUGUAAGUGUAAUAUGUUAGUUGUUCAAAAGAUCC